UCGGUGUGUCUCCUCUCUUUCCUGGUGCCUCGCGCACCGCUCACAUAAUUGAUUUCUUCUUCACAUAUAUAUAUAUAUAUAUAUAUUUUCAUUUAUAAAUCUCCUAUUUCUCUAGAGCAUUAUCGCCAUCGCCGCACUCGUGAGUCGUGAUCAUUGCUUCACCGAGAACGUUGUUGUACCGAGCGGGAAACAGAAACGGAAUCAGAAUCAGGUUCAGAUAGAAAUAGAGAGAAUGGAGGGGGAAGAAGGAGGAGAUGUUGGUAGGAAGAUAAGGAUUGGAGUCUGCGUCAUGGAAAAGAAGGUGAAAUGCGGCCCCGAGGUGUUCUCGGCUCCUAUGGGACAAAUUCUGGACAGACUGCAGGCGUUUGGUGAAUUUGAGGUCAUACAUUUUGGGGAUAAGGUUAUACUCCAAGAUCCAAUAGAAAGCUGGCCGGUCUGCGAUUGCUUGAUUGCUUUCUAUUCCUCUGGAUAUCCUCUAGAAAAGGCCGAAGCAUAUGCAGCUUUAAGAAAGCCUUUUUUGGUGAAUGAAUUGGAGCCGCAACAUCUCCUUCAUGAUCGCCGGAAAGUAUAUGAGCAUCUUGAGAUGUACGGUAUCCCAGUUCCUAGAUAUGCUUGUGUCAAUAGGGAAGUCCCAUACCAAGAGCUUGAUUAUUUUGCUGAGGAAGAAGAUUUUGUUGAGGUUAAUGGAGAACGUUUCUGGAAGCCAUUUGUGGAAAAGCCUGUUGAUGGAGAUGACCAUAGUAUAAUGAUAUACUACCCUAGCUCGGCAGGUGGAGGCAUGAAAGAAUUGUUUCGUAAGGUUGGAAAUCGAUCUAGUGAGUUUCAUCCUGAGGUCAGAAGAGUAAGAAGAGAGGGGUCUUAUAUAUAUGAGGAAUUUAUGCCCACUGGAGGGACUGAUGUUAAGGUUUAUACUGUUGGUCCUGAAUAUGCACACGCUGAAGCAAGAAAGUCACCUGUUGUGGAUGGUGUUGUUAUGAGGAAUCCUGAUGGAAAGGAGGUUAGAUAUCCAGUUUUGCUGACACCUGCGGAGAAGCAGAUGGCAAGGGAAGUUUGCAUUGCAUUUAGGCAAGGGGUCUGUGGGUUUGAUCUCCUGCGUUCAGAGGGUCGUUCCUAUGUUUGCGAUGUGAAUGGGUGGAGUUUUGUGAAGAACUCUUACAAGUAUUAUGAUGAUGCUGCCUGUGUGCUGUGGAAAAUGUUUUUGGAUGCAAAAGCUCCUCAUCUUUCUUCAACAAUUCCUCCCAUCUUGCCAUGGAAAGUCAACGAACCUGUCCAAUCUAAUGAAGGACUAACCCGCCAGGGGAGCGGCAUUAUUGGCACCUUUGGGCAAUCAGAGGAGCUACGUUGUGUCAUCGCUGUUAUUCGACAUGGCGAUAGAACUCCAAAGCAGAAGGUGAAGCUAAAAGUUACAGAAGAAAAGCUGUUAAACCUGAUGUUGAAGUACAAUGGGGGGAAACCAAGAGCCGAGACCAAACUUAAAAGUGCUGUCCAAUUGCAAGAUCUUUUAGAUGCCACGAGAAUUUUGGUUCCUCGUACAAGACCAGGUCGUGAAAGUGAUAGUGAUGCAGAAGACCUUGAACAUGCUGAAAAGCUGCGACAAGUUAAAGCAGUUCUUGAAGAGGGUGGACAUUUCUCUGGUAUAUAUAGGAAGGUUCAACUCAAGCCAUUGAAGUGGGUUAGUAUACCAAAAAGUGAUGGUGAAGGGGAAGAGGAACGACCUGUGGAGGCUCUUAUGGUUCUGAAAUAUGGGGGAGUUCUUACACAUGCUGGUAGAAAGCAGGCAGAAGAACUUGGUAGAUACUUCCGGAACAACAUGUAUCCAGGUGAAGGCACUGGCUUGCUUCGUCUCCACAGUACGUACCGUCACGACCUUAAAAUUUACAGCUCUGAUGAGGGACGUGUUCAGAUGUCUGCAGCUGCUUUUGCUAAAGGCCUUCUUGACCUAGAAGGACAGUUGACACCAAUCCUGGUUUCUCUGGUUAGUAAGGAUUCUUCCAUGUUGGAUGGCCUCGAUAAUGCCAGCAGGGAAAUGGAAGAGGCCAAGGCUAGGUUGAAUGAGAUCAUAACUUCUGGCACAAAGUUGAUACACGAUACUAUCUCUUCUGAAUUCCCCUGGAUGACUGAUGGAGCUGGACUUCCUCCUAAUGCUCACGAGCUUCUACCUGAAUUGGUAAAGCUAGCAAAGAAGGUGACUGAACAAGUAAUGUUACUUGCAAAAGAUGAAGAUGAGAAUCUUACUGAGCCUAGCGCCUAUGAUGUAGUCCCUCCGUAUGAUCAAGCAAAGGCCCUUGGAAAGACAAACAUUGAUGUUGACCGAAUUGCUGCUGGAUUACCUUGUGGUAGUGAAGGUUUCCUUCUGAUGUUUGCUCGCUGGAGAAAGCUCGAGAGGGACCUCUAUAAUGAAAGAAAAAACCGAUUCGACAUAACACAGAUUCCAGAUGUUUACGAUUCAUGCAAGUAUGACCUGUUGCAUAAUUCUCAUCUCGACCUAAAAGGACUAUAUGAACUCUUCAACGUUGCGCAGUUGCUUGCAGAUGGUGUAAUUCCAAACGAGUAUGGGAUCAAUCCACAACAAAAGCUGAAAAUCGGUUCAAAGAUUGCUCGGCGUUUACUGGGGAAAAUCUUGAUCGACUUGAGGAAUACAAGGGAAGAGGCAAUGAGCGUUGCUGAAUUGAAGAGCAGCCAAGAUGAAAUCUCAGUGUCAUUGACCACCAGAAAGGAGGAGGCAAGAGAAAACAGUCAGCCAAAGCUUUUCAUCAGUAGCAAUGACUUGAGACGGCCUGGCACGAGUGACCAAGAUGAAGAUGACGAUAAAGAGACCAAAUACCGAUUAGAUCCAAAGUACGCCAAUGUCAAGACACCCGAACGCCAUGUGAGGACACGUCUUUACUUCACAUCUGAAUCGCAUAUUCAUUCGCUCAUGAACGUUAUCCGGUACUGUAACCUGGACGAAUCGCUCCAAGGAGAAGAAAGCCUCGUAUGCCAGAACGCAUUGGAGCGACUGUACAGAACGAAGGAGCUCGAUUACAUGAGUUACAUUGUCCUAAGGAUGUUCGAGAACACGGAAGUGCCUCUGGAUGACCCAAAGAGAUUCCGCAUUGAACUAACAUUUAGCAGAGGCGCUGAUUUGUCUCCCUUGGAGAAGAAGGAUGGGGAGGCAGAGUGGUUGAGGAGGGAGCACACGCUGCCAAUAAAUGGGCCGGAGAGGCUACAGGAGGUGGGAUCGUGUCUGACGCUGGAGAAGAUGGAGAUGAUGAUACGUCUGUUUGCAAUGCCGGCUGAGGACUUCCCGCCCGCUUCAACUCCGGCUGGUUUCUCCGGUUACUUCUCCAAAAGCGCCUCGGUCCUCGAGCGCCUCGUGAACCUCUGGCCUUUCCACAAGUCCUCCUCCUCCUCCUCUUCUUCUAAUAAUGUUAAGUCCUGAUUUAAUGUCUCUGCCUCUCUGGUAAUUUGGUAAAUCUUCUUUGCCUUCUAUCUUUUGUUUUUCAAGUUUAUUUCAAGAACUUAGGCUUUGGGUUUUAGGUGUUAAUGUUUUGCGUGCGGGGGGUGGAUUUACGGUCUGUUGGUUGAUUCGGUGGGAACUCGUCAAAGAAAUUCGUUGUCGGUUUAUGGUGUCACUGCUUCUCACAGAAUGUGGAUUCGUUUUGAAAUAUUGAAAUCGUUCUUUGACAUA